AUGAAGAUUCUUUUCCCAAGUUUGGUGGCUGAUGUUGUCUUUGUCUCGACGGUAGUGACAGUAAUGACGCUAGAUUGUGACUCUCCUAGGGAGAGUUGUGAUACAUGGUGGCUGAUAUUUUGUCUCUGUUUCAACGGCAACGGCAACAGUGACGUUGGUGGUAGUUAUUGGGAUAUGAUGCUCUUCUCUACUUUGUGCCAACCAAAGAACUAUGCUUGGUCAUAA